AUGGUUUGUGUGCGCCUCGCGAACUGCGAGAGUUCCACAAAGGUGAUGAGUCAGGUGGCAGCACUGUCGCUGCCAUUCUACAAGCACGCCACAAUCCUUGAUGAGCUAUUGAAGGCUGCUGGAGGACGCACGUGGCCUCACCCAGGUGUCUAUAUAUACUGCCGAGUUGUCGCGGAAGACCAUGCAGCAGGUACGCAGCACAGGCAGAUCCAAGUGGGAGAGGAUUUUGCCAUGAAGACUUCCAUCGUCGUCUUGUUAUUCGCUCUCCUUACCAUUGCCAGCAUUGCCUCUUGUUCCCCAGCACCAGGGGAGGAGCACCACCACGGCGACCGCCACGUGCGCUACACGUGUGACGCGUUGAUCGAUUUCGGCGCGGGAGACUCGAUGUGCGCCGUCCGCUGCAUCACGAUGAACAGAGGCUACAAGGGCGGACACUGCAAAGGGGGCGUCUGCCACUGCCGCAAGUAGGGGGCAGCCAGUACCGGAACGCCACCACUGGUCGCUUACAUGUACGCUCAUCAAUAAACGGUCCAGCACUGUAGAGAUACGCUGAA